UCGCGCGCUGCUGAACUGUUCUCGUACGAGCGUAGUAAAAUCGGAGCAACCAAGUUUUUGAUCAAUAUUUCAAUUUAUAGUGUACAUUCACGAGAGCGAGACCGUGAGCUGAUAAGGGACCUUUGCCAAAGAUUACACCAAAGUAGAUAACGUUGAAGAAAUGGAUAAUACUGUAAAUUUUUAAAAAUCUUACCCGUCAGUGGAAAUGGUGAUGUCCAGGGAUUCCAAAUUUUCGGCUCAGUCGAUCCAAUUACCGCAACAUUCCGUGCCCGCUCCAACACGUGUACCCUACAAUGCGCAUAAUACGGAGAUACGGUAUUUUCCUAUCUGUGUGCUGUCUGGUGAUCUGCUCCUUUUAUCUUUUCCGCAAUUAUAACGACGGAGACUACAAUACCGUUCAAUAUGUGAGCUUCCGGUUUCACAAUUCAUCGGCCGAUUCGGUCGAUGGAUACCUCGUGUGGAACAAAAAAUGCCACAUGCUGUCCAAAGACCCCUUCGACCCGUCCAUCCGUAAACACUUGUGGAAUCAAAAGUUUACAAAGUGCUCGGAAAUCCCACGAUUGACGAGCAUCGUGCGAAAAUCAGAUGGUGGAGCUUACUUGAAAAUAAAUACCGAUUAUCUCAAGUUUUACGAGAAUCUGCAGUCCUGCUGUUGGGCACCGGUUACCAGGCCGGACAGAAUCAACGAUCUCGACAGGGAAUUCGAUUCCAGAAUCAGCGAAGGUAACUGCAGUGUAUUCCAAGAUAUCGUGGCUAUUCCAAAAGAUGUGGAGGUUGUGAAAGUUGUGUGCUCCAGCGACUCGUCUUACUUGAAAAAAGUGCUCAGCGACACAGUUUACGAAAACGUACACGCGAUCAUCCAGUUGGACAAAAUCAAAGACCGCUCGGAGCACCCGAGUGUUAAAACGAUGCGAGGACGAAAGGCGCAAGGCAAGAAGCUCAGCGUACUGAUGCUGGGAAUAGACAGCGUGUCGCGUUUGAACUUUUACCGGAGCAUGCCGCUCACGAAAAAGUAUUUGGAUAGCAGUGGCUGGUUCGAGCUCAGGGGGUACAAUAAAAUCGGUGACAAUACGUUUCCCAACGUGAUGGCGGUUCUUACGGGACAGAGUGAGGAGGAAACCUUCGCCAAGUGCAAGCCGGACACCCCCUACGGCUUGGAUAACUGUUCAAUUAUCUGGAAUCACUUCAAGAAGGCUGGGUACAUCACUGCCUACGGCGAAGAUAACGGGUUCAUCAACACUUUCAACUAUCUCAAGGUUGGUUUCGUAAAACCCCCGACGGAUUACUACCUGAGACCCUACGUCCUCGCCUACGAAGACCUUCGCAAAGGCCUGUACCGCCUUAUCGGCAGAUACUGCGCCGGCCCCGAGCUCGCGUUCGACCGUAUCUUCGAUUACGCAACGGAAUUCGCCAAAACGUUCAUCGGCAAGCCGCACUUUGGCCUAUUCUGGACGAGCAGCGUCACCCACGACGGCUUGAACGGCGUGUCGUCCAUCGACGCCCACUUCCUCGCUAAACUGAAAAAAAUGGAAGCGGACGGGGUGACCAAUGACACGAUGAUAGUGUUUUUCAGCGACCACGGGAUUCGCUACGGCAGCAUCAGAAAUUCGUUCAUCGGCUGGUACGAGGACCGAUUGCCGUUCAUCUACAUUUGGCUGCCCGAGUGGUUCCGCGAGCAGAACCCAAGCGCAGCCGAGGCGCUGCGCACCAACCGAAAUCGGCUGACCUCGCCGCUCGACCUCUACGAGACCCUCCGGGACGUCGUGGACCGGUCCGGUGGCCAGGCCCCUCCCAGCAGCGGGUGUCCAAAGUGCUCGUCCCUCCUCGAGCCAGUGGCACGCGAGCGCGGCUGCAGCGAUGCCGGCAUCUCUGGGCACUGGUGCACUUGUGACGCUUUCCAGCUGGCCAGUACGACCGACGAGAUCGUGGUAGAGGGCGCCAAUCGGUUCGUUCGGUACAUGGAGAGCAUCGUCAAAGAGUACAAAAACGAGGCGGGCGUGAGAUUGUGCGCGGUGCCAAAGUUGAAAAAAAUCAACAAGGUCCAGCAAGUGGUCGACUUGGACCGGAGUCCGGGGGGUGGUGUCUUGGAGUUGUACUACUCGUUGGAGGUUACUCCCGGGGAUGGGAUCUUCGAGGUGACGAUACGGUACUACGGUCCGGGCAAUUAUUCGAUUAGGGAAGAGGAGGUCAGCCGCAUCAACGCCUACGCUGAGAGCGCCAAGUGUCUGAACGCGGGCUUGAAAAAGUACUGCCACUGUGAAUAAACAACUUUGUUGGUUUGUUUGUUCAUACCGCACAAAGAUAAGCUGUGAUGAUGAUGAUGAAGUAAUAACAAUAAUUGACUUGUUGUAGAUUUUCAUCCGAGAUAUUGCGUAUUGUUUUUUAUUUAUGAAUGACAAGAGAACAAUAAUAUUUCUAUUGUGUGUGCAAUAAAUUUUAUAACUGCGUGUUUACAGGAUGGACGAAUGCUAUAGGUAUUAGGCAUUAUGGUAUGGUAUUACAAUACAUCACAGUAGAUCAUGGAUGUACUCCUUGAUUUAAUCAUGUAAUUAUUUAAGACUGUUGUGAAAAAAUUUGCAAAAAAACAACAACUAUUUUUGCUGGGAUAAGUGCAAUGUAACAAUUGUAUCAGAAGUCAUGGUUAAAAUGUAUAAUUUAAAAUUUUAUUAGAAUAUAAUAUAUCUUACAGUUUUUAAUUUUCAUAGUAUACAUAUUUCACUCUACUUUACCACUGAAUUAAAAUUGUUUACAUGAAGCUUAGCAGGUGUACGAAACAACGUGAAACAGACAAAUUUUUUUACAAAUCUCCCAAAGUUAUGAAUAAAAUUAUUUCAUACGUA